UGCGCAUCUCGUUCGCACCCGUCGACUGCAGAACAGUGGCUUCUGUUCUGUCUUGAACAUUUUGCGAGGACACCCCCCCCAGAUCACGGCCCUCCUGUUCCGUCAGAAGUCUGCGCCCCUGCUGGUGCGCGCGUUCGCGUCUCUGAAGACAGAACGUGAUCUUCAGUCCCCCUCUCUCCUGCUGCGCGUUCUAGACUGAGCCGCCUCUUUUUUCCAGCUGGGGGCUGAACUGUCUGUCUGCCUGGAGUAUUACUUUUUUCUUUUGCGUCUUCGUUUCUCUCGCAGUCUGCCAGCUUGUCUCUGCAAGUACACGCAACCGCCACUGUUCGCAGGAUUCCAGCAUUCCAGCCAAGCACCAUGGAGAUAUGUCAACUGCCUCGUGUGCGUCACCUCAGGAUGAUGGUGGCUGUCGCGUUAGGUGCCCUCCUCUUCCUCUCGAUCUGUGGGGAACGGAUCCUCGGGAGCGCGGCCUCGAGUGUCGCCGCAGAGCAGCGCGCUACCCCGCAAAUCGCUUCUGACUCUGAACAAGAAAAGGGUACAUCCUCCGAAGAAGACGCAGGACCCGUCGCCCCCGAAGUCGCUGAAGAAGAAAGCAGAAGAUACGAGUAUCUGGUGAACCUCGGCGUGUCGCCUCAAGAGAUGAACAGGGAAGAAUCCCAGAGUGAAGACAGCUCAGAGGAAGCGGUGCAGCAUCUGAGAAAAGAGGAAGAUGACACAGAUGACGAGAUAGAGCAACCAAGCAACUAGCAGAGGCGGGACCCCUGCCGACGGACUUUGAGGGUGUACAUACACCUGAGCCAGCGCCAAGGAGCUAAACCGGGAACUCCGUUGAAGUUUCUUCCCCUUGAGCGACUUUCCUAGCGACAGCAGACAGAGGUAAAGAUGCACGGCUUUGUUUCCUAACACAGAGCGGAGGUCAGAGCUGUGGGAGAAUCUUUAUAACCGUCGUAGCAGACUGCAAUUUCGGGCAGCGGCUUAGCGAGUGAACCUCGUUCGGGCACACAUUAAAGUCCGAAUCAGGAGUAGAAAUUUUUUUUCUUUGAUUACUUCCAGAAAAAGUCACAAGUCCUGUCUGAGAGUGCUACUCGAGCCGGACGACGGUCCUCCACGUGUGAGUCCCUGAGAAUUCGUUUCCUGUCGCUGUUCUUCGCGCAUUUGGGGAGUGUCUCGCUGCGGGGUGGGUGAGCGACUGCAGAUGGUCUGCGGUAUGGUGUUGAGAGAGUCCAUACUCUGAACGCGCUAUCCGCCCUCUUCUGAGCACGGCAUUCUGUAGGAUUUGCAGGAAAGUCUAAACGGUGGAAGGGAUCCGACGUGAUAGCCUUAGGCUGCUUGCUCACAACUGAAAGGCGUCUUUACUGGACGACUGUGUUAAACCUGAGGGACGGCAUGCACCUCCGCAGCAGAGUAGAGAGAAGAUAAACAGACGUGAGGAAAACAGAGAGGAGACGGAGAAGCGAGGAGAACGGAUGGAGACAGCAGAAUGAUCUCUGAAAGGAGAGAGGCACUAGGAAAGCAGAAACGCUCUGAAAUGACUUGUCGGUGAAGGCCAGAAGAACAACGUAGAUGAAGGCGAGGCAACGCAGAAACGGGGAAGAAAACGAAAAGACGGCGGCCCACAGAAAACACCCCGGAUAAAGGCAUGUGAGCAAAAUCUUUUACGACAACAAGAUCAGGACGUUGCGAGUCUCUCCAGGUGGACAUACACCCAAAGAACCAAGGACAUCGCAGCAUCCGGAGAAGUGCAGAAUAGCUCUGCGACGGAGUAACAAGACGCGGCAGAAGUACCGGGACAGGAGAGAGCAUUUGCUGUUUUCUCUGAAAAGAAGAAGAUUCUUUCGCACGGAGAAGGACCGAGAGAAUCACCAGAGGAAAAGGAGACCACGGAGAGAACGCGUCGCGGAGGCCCAGUGCGACAGGCGUCCGCAACGAACAGAGAAAAUUCGUGCUCCCGCGCUGCCAGCGAGGAUCCGCAGACAAGACCGAGUGCACAGAACGACAGCGGAACUCAGACGGGUCAGUUCGUAGACACCGAUAGCGCGGUUGAUCGACGCAGAAGACAGAGAGGUCGCGAGGAAGACAGACAGAGAAGGGGAAUCUCGGACGGAAGUAGAGGCCUGGAC